GUAAACGAUACGAUUCAACUGGAAAUUGCCACAUCAAAGAUUCUGGAUUACAUCAAGUUCGAAUCGGGAAAUCUCUGCCAGAUAACUGGAGGCAGAAAUUUGGGACGCGUGGGAACGGUGGUUAACAGAGAAAGACAUCCGGGAUCGUUUGAUAUUGUUCAUAUCAAAGAUGCCAAUGAACACGUAUUUGCCACCAGAUUAAACAACGUUUUUAUAAUUGGCAAAGGAAGCAAAGCCUUCGCCUCCCUGCCCAGAGGAAAGGGAGUCAAACUGUCCAUUGCCGAAGAGAGGGAUAAACGACUGGCGUCAAAAACGCAUUAAAAGGACUCGAAUAGGUAUUAAGAAUGUACAUAAGCACAAGUAAAAAAUAGAUUUUAAUUUUUUCCGCUCG